GCGCGGCUGGUGGCGGACUCCCCCCCUGUCGCCGCUGCGCUGGAGAUUCGGCGUCUGUGCGAGCUCCCCACCUGCAGCCACGCAACGAGGAUGCUCGCUACAGUUCCCCUCGGCCACAUCCCCGGCGCCAUUAUCUUGCCCGCAGAGUGGCCGUUCGCACACCAGGACCGCUGCAACCAUUUGCUGCGCUUCCAGUGGGUCGAGAGCAGAGCGGCACUCGAACUCAUCGGCGAUUAUAGCCAGCGCGCCCGCGACGAGCUCAGGAGGAAACAGUCCGUGGCCCUGGACGUGGCCAUCACCGAGGUCAGCAGGCUCAGCAAGUUCAAGGACCUCGACCCCUUCCAGGUGCAGGAAAGGAUGAAACCCAAGAACGGCCGCACCUACUACCGCCUCGACUGGCCCCCCCAAUACAAGCUAAUGCAUAAGAAAGGAGAUGGGCACUGCAUUGGGCGGGUGUUGAUCUCCGUGGCGGGCCCCACAUACGACGAGCACCCCGAUAUGGAGGUGGUGUGGCCAGACCUGCCCGACCUCGGGCAACCCCUCUCCGGCUACGAGAGCAAGAGUCUUGGCCUCCCCAAGGGGACUAAGUACCCCAGCUGCUGCUGCAUUGUGCAAUACAACCGCGAGAG